UUACUGUGAGCCCAAAAGGCAGCUGCGUUACGUCAUCGAAGCGCGACGGCCAACACCAGGAAACUACGGAAGACAGUCGGAGCGGUCGGGCGGACUCCAAUGGUCCAGCUUGUCACAGCUGGUUCGGCAACGAGGACAUGGAACGUCUGCACAAAAUUGCGGAGCAGCUCGUCCAGGUGGACGUGGCCGCCAUGAAGUUCCUCUGCUUGGAUUUCAUUGGCCGUAACCGGCAGGAGAAAAUCGAGGACGCCUUAAGCCUCUUUGUAGAACUUCAGAAGGUGGAACUGCUGGACUUCAAGGACUUCUUUAUCGUGGCAGAGCUGCUGUACUUGACGGGCCAUCUCGACCUGCUCAGAAUCCUGAAUCUGUCCACACAGGAGGUGGAAAGUCAGUUGCAGCAGGAUGGCAUGGCAAAAGUGUCACCGUACAGAAAAAUGCUUUACUCGCUCUAUGAGGGGAUGGACAAAAACGCCUGCCGAGCCAUGAAGUUCCAGUUGCAUGUCCAGCUACCAAAAUGUGACCUGGACAGCGAGACAUCUUGCCUGGAAAUCUUCACAGAAAUGGAGAAACGAGAGAUGCUGGCCCCAGACAACCUAGGCCAUCUAAUGUCCAUCCUGAAGCUGGUGAUGCCUAAGCUGCACAGGGUAGUGGAGGAGUUCGAGAAGACCAAUUGUUCCAGAAAUCAUGAGAACUCCAAGAGUGGUUUGCAGCCCCAGGUGGCCAAUGAGUACAAGAUGAGCAGCCUGCCCCGAGGACACUGCCUGAUCAUCAACAACAGCGACUUCUCUGAAGUGAAUCACGGUCUGAGGCGUGGCUCCGAGAAGGACGUGGAGGCCCUCAAAGACGUCUUCAGCUGGCUGGGCUUUAAUAUUCACAUUCGAAAUAACCUUAAAGCUCAGCAGAUUCACGACACGCUGGACGAGUUCAGGCAGAUGAGCCACGCGGCCGUCGACUGCUUUGUGUGUUGCGUUCUGAGCCACGGAGAGCAGCAGUGCGUGAUGGGAGUGGACUGGGAGAAGGUCCCCGUGUCUGACAUCACCUCCUAUUUCAAUGGGAAACACUGCACGGACCUACUGAUGAAGCCCAAGGUGUUCUUCAUUCAGGCCUGUCAAGGCAAAAUUAUGCAGGAGGCUGUGGCCGUCGAUGCAGAUGGGGACGGCAUGGAGUCUGAUGCCAGAGCAAGCAGAACUGUUCCUGUCGAUGCAGAUUUCCUAAUUGGCAUGGCCACGGUGCCGCAGUACGUGUCCAUGAGGGACCCAGAUGAAGGCUCUUGGUACAUCCAGGCGCUUUGCCAGCACCUCAAAGCGGGAUGCCCUCGUGGUGAGAACAUCCUAACCAUCCUGACCAAAGUAAACGAGGUCGUCAGCAAGAAUACAGGUUUUGUUCGGCUCACUGAGGCAAAGCAGAUUCCGGAGAAAAUAUCCAGACUUACACAAAACCUGGUCUUCCACGUGCCCACUUUGUCUUACAGCGACCUCGCAUUUCUACAACCGGAAAUGUACGUUCACACGACGAAGUGGGUCCGGAAAUUGACACUUGUGGUUAAUCCGAAAAGUCCCCUGAGAGUGAACGUAGCAGCACCACUCUUACAGACAGACAGACUUGUGAAAUGUUAUGAUGAAAGUGACAGGAAGGCGUCAUCCAGGAAGACGAAUAACAGCACGAACAGCGCAUGCCCAGUAUCCGCUCCCUGGUUUGGCGGGACAGCUGAGAGGAACUCGCGCUUUCGGGAAGUUUCUCUUCUUGCCAAACCCCGCCCACUUACGGAGCUCACAGUUUGGAUCUGCUUGCAGUCUGAUCGAGCGGCGGUGACGGCACUGCUGGGAAUGAAGCGGCGUGAGUAUCGCCGAACACCUCGCCGGCACCUGUUACCCGCCAUCCGGCUAAAGGGAAGUCAGGUGAAGUUCAGCCAAAAGAAGUCUAAGAAUAAUGAGGAAUGUGGCGGAGAGAAGACUUCAGCAAUUGUGUCCACUAGGCGACCUAUGGAGUUCCAAGUUUGUCUAUACAAGGUAGAGCAGCUCCUGGGGAGGGAGCACCUGGAAUCCUUCAUCUUCCUGUGCAGAGAUGUGGCUGGCAGAGACCUGGGACACGUGUCCUCAUUCACUGAGCUCUUCAGUGAGUGGAAGAGAAUGGACCUCCUGUCAGCAGACAACAUGUUCCUUGUUGCCGAGAUGCUGUACCGAACCCGGUGCUUCAUGUUGCUUCGAAAGCUGGGCCUGGACAGGAACAAGGUGAAGGAGUGUCUGCCAGAGAAAGGGAGAGUUUCAGCUUACAGGCAGAUGCUGUUUGACCUCUCUGAGGACCUGGGGAAGCAAGAGCUGCGAGACAUGAAGUUCCUCCUGCAAGAGACCCUGCCAGUCGCCAGACUGGAGGAGAGCCUGACUGUUCUUAAACUUUUUCAAAUGAUGGAAAAGGAAGAUGUUUUAGACCAGGAGAACCUGUGCAUUCUUCAGGAUGUGCUGAAGCGUAUAAACAAGAACUUGUGGAAAAAAGUGGAAACAUUUCGGCAAGAGAUGGUCUGCUGCUCACAGGAGACCCAGGACCCAAGUCUGGAAUCAUGGGUACACGAUCAAAAUAGAAGUGAGCUCUCCCAGCAGGAGCACCCACCUCACCAGGAGGUGUCCUUGGAUCAGCAAAGCUCGCAGUCACUUGAGUUCAUUGAUGUUCAGAUGGUGAGACUCGCCCUGAAUGUUGGCGCUGGAGUCCUGGAGUCUACGCCCCCAGGUGACGUGGAUGGUAGAAGCCCACAGCCGUCGUCUCUGGAUGGCCCCAUCUGCUGCGCGCAUGCAUCGAUCGCCACCCACACACAGCAGCCUCUGGAAGUGUACGACAUGAACCGGCCCAGCAGAGGAUUCUGUCUCAUCUUCAACAAUGGAAACUUUGCAGAGUCGCGCUCAGAGGGGACAGACAAGGAGCCGCUGAGUGACCGGGCAGGCACAGACGUGGAUGCUGACCACCUGGAGGCGGUGUUCCAAUGGCUGGGUUUCGACACCAUCCGCCGGGACAACUUUUCACAGGCACAAAUCCAGCAAACAUUAGAGGAGUACAGGGACAAGGACCACCGGGACCGGGACUGCUUCGUGUGUUGCAUUCUCACCCACGGGACCACAGGGCGGGUGUUCGGUACGGACGGGAAGGCCUUGUCCAUCAACAAGCUGACGACCCCCUUCUCAGGAUUUAACUGUCCACUCCUGAGAGGUAAACCCAAGCUGUUCUUCAUUCAGGCCUGCCAGGGCUCCAGGAAGCAGCAUGGCGUCUCUCUGGAAGUGGACAGCUGCACCCUGGAAGAUGAAGACGACGCUUCCAUCCCAAAGGACAUCAUUCCUGAGGACUCGGACUUCCUCAUCGGCAUGUCCACAAUGGAUGGCUUUGUAUCUUUCCGCCAUCGUACCAAUGGGACGUGGUACAUCCAAGCCUUAUGCAGGAGUCUGCAGUCGCUGGUGCCAAGGGGCGCCCAUUUGUUGGACAUCCUGACCAAAGUGAACAACGAUGUGAGUCGGCACACCGACAAGACCGGUCGCAGGUGGCAGAUUCCACAGCCAGUGUUUUCACUGCGGAAGCUUGUCGUUUUCCCAAAUCCCGAGCGCCCACCUCCAGUGUUGGGGUCCUGUGUGAUCAGUGAAGACGACUGAGUCCAUCUGAUGGCUCAUCAUGGAAAUCUACUAACAAUCUGAUCCUGCCGUCCUUGAUCUUGGGAUGGAACGAGUGCCAGUGCCAGUCUCUCUCUUUAAUGAUCUCAGACUGGCGACUGGAGGAGCUGGGUGGCUGUGUAGCCAGUAUGCUGCUGUGGGUACUGCAGGGUUCUGGACUCGCUUCGUGAUGCUUUUUGGCGCGCAUCAUGGAGGCUUCGGGCACAAUUCAUGUGAUGCCCCUUUGACUACCCGCCAAGUGGAGGGAAGCGUUUUUUGUUUUCAUGUUCUCACUUGCUACACUACACCCUACAGAAACCAGUGUGACCCCUUGUGGCAACGAGAAGGAACUGUGUCACUCCUCAGCUACCUUUCCCAGAAUGCAUCCCUGAAAGUGUCACUCGGGGCUCAGGAGCUGGGAACUGCUGACUGGUCACAUGUGCUGGUUUUUAAGGGGUUGUGUCAGGCAGGAGCAGGACUCUUGUCAUGUGCAAAGAUGAACAUUUUAUAGUAAAACUCUUUAACCUUUUUGUGAA